UCGCGCGUAGGUUUUGCAAAAAAUGUCGGACGAGGAAGAAGAAUCCAUGUCGGAAGAUUUCUCCGCCAGUGAGGACGAAUGGAAGCCAACUAAGGAUGUGCGUGGUGGGGAGUCGUCCGAUGACGAUGAUAGUGAUUUCGAAGAGUCACGGCAAGCUACAGGCGCGGAAAGUGUUAGCGGAUCGAGCGCUGCAACUAGACGAAAAGGAGUAUCAGCAGGUGCUAAAGUGACUAUAAAGCAAACUGCCAUUAAGAAACGCAAAUCCACUGGCCAGUCAUUGCGUACUAAACUAUACAACAAAUAUCGGCCACCACCAAAAACUUUUCCGUCACCCAAUAGCGCUGGCAGCAACUCGCCAUCGGCGUCAACAUCACGAACGGCUUCAAAAAACGCCAAAAUGCCCAAUGAAAGUGGCGAACCUGGCAACGACUCCAGCAGCGAAUCGAGUGUUGAAGAUUAUCUCGUCAAUCCUGCAGAUAUCGAUCUGAAAUCGAGUUUCUUCAAUGUACGUCAUGAAGAUAAAGCAAAAUCCACUUCGCCGGCACCCUUUUUCGACUGCAAUGUCGGCAUUACUAAACUCUCUGAUUCAGGAUCAGAGGAUAACAACGAAUCUAGUGCAGAUGAGCAGCAAACAAAUGGAAAGGCAUUUGAUUUUGCAAAUUUGUUGGAUAAUGUUAAUAGUCUGGAGCGUGCUAAGGAAACCAUAGCGAAACGUGCUGCUGAUACAAAAAAGCAGAAUACCAAAAUAACUGGUGAUAAAUGCAAUACAACAGUUAUGGAUGUCAAUUCGUUACUUGCAUUGGGCGAAAAACAGAGUCAUGCUGCUAUGCGCAGUAUAAAAUCGAAGGAUGAUGGAGAGGAGGAGGAUGACGAAGGCGAAGCUGAGCGCGGACCACUGAAGUUGAGUAAAACCAAAUCGACACGCGUCAAACGACAUACCAAAACGCGUCCAGCUUCGACUGUUGUGGCAGGCGAUACAGAUGAUUCGGACUUUGAAGAAGUAGCAGGUAGGAAACGCAAGUAGUGGACUGUAAGUGGUAGAAUGCUGCUGAUAAAAUGUCUAAAAUGCGCUUCCAGUUGUUCAAAUGAGACUGUGUGUAGGUUUGUGUGCACUUUAUGCGUUCAUUUUUCUCCUUUUGAAGCUAUAUAAACAAAUGGCUCACAUAGAAAUGAAAUACAAUAGUAUUUAAAAAUUAAAGAAAUAGAUCUUACAGAAAUAGAUUAAUAGUUUCGUGGGCAUUUAUGAAAUACGUAAAUUCAGCUUUUAAAUUUCUGGUUCUACUGAGUUUUCAUUCAUUUAAUAUGUAUAAUGAACAAUAAGAUGCCAUAAAUUAC